GACUAUGGGCGGCAGCUUCGGAAAGCAGAAGAAGAAGAAGACGUCAUCGUCGACGACAACGACGAGGACGACGACGACUAUAGCAAAGCCGCUGCCGUUGCCACCAACGAGCGAUGGUCGCCAUAACCGAGCUUCCGCUUCUCAGUCCCAAGGAGAUAACAACAACGACCACCAGACAGAGAUCGUCAUCGAGACAUCGCGACCCUUGCCGCUUCCUCCGCUGCCUGCGAAGCCAGUAACCAAAGAAACUUUUAUCGUUGUCGCACUGUAUGACUUCGAAGCACUGACCGACGAUGAUCUUUCCUUCAAAAAAGGCGAUCGUCUGCAAGUAGACAAGAUAGCACAUGAGAGCGACUGGUGGUUAGCAGUUCAUCUCGACACAGGAGAGAAUGGCUAUGUGCCGAGCAACUACGUGUGUGAGGACGACAACUCGCCCCAGGCACAAGACUGGUGGUUUGCAGACUGCGAUCGCAAGGAAUCGGAGAAGAUGCUGCUGGCUCCAGGCAACAUUCGUGGGACGUUCCUUGUACGGGGGGCGCGAGAUCACUCGACACUGGCCCUGUCUGUGAGGACAUCCGACUGCUACAAUGGUGAGCCGUGUGUCAAACACUAUCGCAUCAGGAAGACCACCGACGGUUCGUACUGGGUCAGUUCCAAGAAACUGUUCUCAUCAAUACUGGAGCUCAUCGACCAUUACUCAGUCAGUGCUGAAGGGCUCUGCUCGAGACUAACCACCCCUUGCCCACGUGACCGUCCCAUGGUGCAUUUUCGAGAGCUGGAGGUCAAUAGAGAUGCUGUAAGACUUUCGGACAGAGUUGGUGCCGGGUGCUUUGGUGAGGUCUGGAAAGGCAAACUCCGCAAUGUCAUCGACGUGGCCAUCAAGACACUCAAGCCGGGGACGAUGUCGACAGAAGCGUUCCUGGGGGAGGCGGACAUCAUGCACCGCCUGAGGCACAAGAAGCUGGUGCAGCUGCUGGCGGUGUGCACGCGCGAGGAGCCCAUCUGGAUCAUCACCGAGCUCAUGGUCAACGGCGCUCUCCUCACUUACCUCCGCAGCGACGCCGGCAAGACCGUCACCUUCCCCAUCGUCGUGGACAUGGCUGGCCAGAUCUCAGAUGCCAUGGCCUACCUUGAAUCGAAGAACUUCGUGCAUCGCGACCUGAGAGCAGCCAACAUCCUGGUCGGGGUUCACAACGAGGUCAAGGUGGCAGACUUCGGGUUGGCGCGAAUUCUGGAGGAUGAGACGUAUGACGCGUCAACCAAUGCCAAAUUCCCAAUCAAGUGGACGGCUCCGGAGGCAGGGCUGUACCGUCAGUUCAGCAUCAAGUCCGACGUGUGGUCCUUCGGGGUCCUGCUGUACGAAAUGGUCACUCUAGGGCGCGUGCCUUAUCCCGGUAUGGCGGGUUCAGAGGUGCUGCUGAAAGUGGAACGAGGCUACCGGAUGGAGCGGCCCAAGGGGGGACUGGGUUGCUCGGAGGCCUUCUAUGAAAUCAUGGGCAAGUGCUGGAACGAGGCACCCGAACAACGGCCCACCUUCGAAUUCCUGCACAGCAUCUUCAUCGACUACUUCACCAGCACCGAGCAGGACUACUUCGACACCGCCAACGCCUCCACCAUGGGGGCGAGACAAGCCAAGCCCAGCGAGGAUCGGAAGGAUAACUCCAAACGACUUCCGUCCAAGAAAGAUCUGAUCAACGGGCCCUCACCUGAACUGCUCACCGCCGGCAUCAGCCCCGGGAAGACAGACCCUCGAGGUGAUGGGUCAAAGCGUCCGCUGCCGCCGCCACCACCACCUAAAGCGCCCAAAGAAGAGGCAAAGACUGUGCUGGCUAUGUACGACUUCGAUGGAAUCAACAACGAUGACUUAAGCUUCAAGAAAGGAGACCGUUUGAAACUGGAGAGUAACAAACCACACCUCCCUCGUCUGUCCGUCCUCAUGAACUACGGGGCACCGACAGGCCUGAGCAUCAAACAUUAUAAGAUCAGGACACUGACACAGGGAGGAUACUGCAUCAGCGCCCGUCAGUCUUUCCGGACUGUCGUGGACCUCAUCAAGUAUUACAGAGAUUGCCCCAGCGGUCGUACAGGACUGUGCACGAGGCUCAUCCACCCGUGUCCUCGUGAGCGGCCCAAAGUUCUGUUCCGGGAGCUGGAGGUCGCCAGGGAGUUCGUCAAACUGGGGAGCAAGCUGGGCGCUGGAUGCUUUGGAGAUGUCUUUCAAGGUAGACUGCAUGGCGUCAUCGACGUGGCCAUCAAGACCCUCAAGCCGGGCACGAUGACGUCAGAGGCAUUCUUGCGGGAGGCCAAGCUGAUGCACAGCCAGCUGCACGACAACCUGGUGCAGCUGCUGGCCGUCUGCACGACGGAGGAGCCCAUCUGGAUCAUCACGGAGCUGAUGGUGCACGGUUCGCUUCUGGACUAUCUGCGCAACGAUGCGGGGGCCGCAGUCACCUUUGCUGUUAUCGUCGACAUGGCAGCUCAGAUAUCAGACGCCAUGUCCUACCUGGAGCGGAAGAAUUUCGUGCACCGCGACCUGCGAGCGGCCAACAUUCUGGUGGGAGAAGGUCACGAGGUUAAGGUCGCGGACUUCGGGCUGGCGCGCGUGCUGGAGACGGAUGGCAACGGCGAAACCUUCUCAGCACCAGACAAUUCCAAGUUCCCUCUGAAGUGGACCGCACCGGAAGCUGCCUCACAGCGCAUGUUCACCACCAAGUCUGAUGUCUGGUCCUUUGGUGUCUUGCUGUACGAGAUGGUCACACUAGGCCGGGUGCCCUACCCGGGCAUGUCAGGGAUGGAGACCUUGACGAAGAUUCGCGAGGGCUACCGCAUGGAGAGACCGGUGACGGGCAAGAUCGUUUGUUCGGAGGACUUUUACAACAUCAUGAGCAGCUGCUGGAAAGCCGUGCCGGACGAACGUCCCACCUUUGAAUACCUCCACAGCAUCUUCGUCGACUACAUCGUCAGCACAGAGGAGUCCUACGAUGAUUCCAACCGCAUCUAACAAACAUCACUUCCAGCUUUGCCCACUUCCUUCCCUCCUUUUCAUUCAUCCGUCGUUGGACUCACCCGUGGAUCUCGAGGAACGCGACUGUCGCGACGAGUGUCGGACGCUGCGACGAUCCUUACUCACCUGUGACGUCAGGGAGCUUCCCCAAUUCUAUAUUUAGUAUCAGUCGUCGCGUGUGACAGACGCCGAGGGUAAAGGUUGUGGCGAGGUGUAAACAAAUCGUUAGAGUUGCCAGUAAGGUCAGACUUGGGCGCUUUGAAAUACUUGCAUAUCGUUGACAGAAGCCUAAAAAACUUGGCCUGCUCGUGAGGACCCCGUAUUAACAUUUAAUUUUUUGAUAACUGUGUCUCCAGGAAACAAAUGAUAAAAAAAGCAAACAGGAAUGUUAACACUCCGCUGUUUUGUACAUGUAUAUUUUUGUAUGUUUUAACAUAUACUUUAACGAACAAUUGGUUUUAAUAAUGAAAAGAGGUGCUUUUUCAAAAGGUAUUUCCCAAAAUUAGGCUAAUAAUAAUAAUAGUUACAGAAUUUCUAAGGCAUCAACUCUUGCAAUAACAGAGGCGCACACAUAUAAGCAACAAUGCACAUACACACGCGCACCCUAACACAUAUAACACGUAAACAAUAAACACAAGAAUGUGUACACAAGGGACCUCUACCAGGUACAGGCAGGCCACGGCUACAGGAAGAGAGAAAAAAAGAUAAUGUUUCAACAGUUUUUGACAGUAGAACGGAGUUCGGAUGAAUGUAGAGGGGCAGUGUGUAAGUGGACCAGAGACGACAAGGAGCGCGAACCACAUGAACCGAGUCUGGUUCGAGGGCUGCGAAGGAGAUGGGAAGAGGACCACAAAGAACGAGGUGGUGCAGGUAUUUGAAAGGAGGAGGAUUGGGAAGUGGGGGGCUGAGUUCUUGAGACACCUGUAACUAACGAUGCUCGAUACCAGGAGUCAGUGGAGAGGACUAUGAUGGAGUUCCUUCCCCCCCUUAUCCCCCUCCCACUCACCAAUAAUGAUACGAGCACCGUUAUUUUUGAACAUGUACGGUGCGACACUUCCAUCUAAAUUAUGAAAAUCUGUCGGACAUCAACUGUUCGCACACAGUCCAAAUAUUGAUGGACUUCCACGACUUGGACAUCCUGCAAAUUCUAUAUUCAAUGUUGUCAGAUAUUUUGCUACUAUUUUUGGACAUGAUAUAUUGUCGAAAUCGUACAGUGGCCCUGGAAUGUUUUGAUGUUUGUACAGUGAGGUUUGUAGAUAAUAUUCUGUCUGAGCGUUAAGGUUGGAAUGUUUUGAUGUUUGUAUAGCACAUAAAUACACUGUAAUACGCAGACUAAGUUGGUGAAAUUGAUUGUCAUCAUUUGGAAAUACACCAUGUAAAUAAAAUUGUUUUAUUUUCGAAAA